GCCAGGCUCUCCCAUUACAUGCCCAUGCAUAUUAGUGGUGCUGCCAUGCACAAGCAGUGGGAAGUCGAAUGGUUUCGGUAUAUGAAGAAAAAAGUGCCGCACAAAAUGCAAUUCCUCUGCAAUAGGAAUCAGCAAACACCAGCAGAUACUUUUGCAACAGAUCACAAGGAUUUAAUCAAAGAAGGCGUUGAAUGGCUCAAGAGCACGUCGGAGUCGUGCUCCGUCGUGGCCGCACUUAUUGCCGGUGUGGCCUUCACUACGGCUAUCACCAUCCCUGGUGGUACUGAGCAGGUGACCGGCAAACCUUACCUAGAACGCCACCCAGCUUUCAAACUGUUUGCAAGCACCUCACUGUUGGCUUUCUGCUGCUCCAUCACCUCUCUCAUCUUGUUCCUCUCCAUCCUCACUUCCCGCCAGCAACCUCGAGAUUUUCACAAAGAUUUGCCUUUCAAACUUCUUUUGGGGUUGAGUUUCCUCUUCAUGUCCAUCGUUUCCAUAUCCGUCUCUUUCUCUGCUGCAUUCUUCUUUUUGCUCAAGGACAUCCUCAAGCAGGAUGUUUUUUCACUCUAUGUUUUCACCAUCUCGUCUAUUUAUUUCACCGGCGUCAUCCUGUUACCCCUUUGCACCGAUCUUUUCAAAGCUGUUUCCAUCAAAAUUCCCCAAUCCGGUAAUAGAGAAUCUGGUGGAAAGCUGCGUAUUUGAAAUUCUUAUCACCUUUCCAUGAUUCUCACAACUAUUUGACAAGAACUCUGUUUUGUUACCAACUCUAGCUACUUUAAGUCAUUUCAAAUUAUGAUUCCAUUGCUGCACUGUUUUAUUAUUACUUUUUUCAUAUUUGUAUCGUUUCAAAUUUUACUAUUGUGUAUUAAAAUCUUCUGUUAUAAUCUAAUCAAUAACUUGAAGCUUA